AAGUCUUCACUGCGCAUGCGUUGUUUACACAUCUCCUAAAACAACUGAGGAAGCAAUUUAUCAAGCCGAACGAGUCAUUCUGGUUUUGAUGAAGCGACGACCCUUCAUCUCCAUCACAUCCCUGGUGUCUGCCCUCCUGCAUCCACAUGGCUCGUGUCUUCGUCUAUGGCACCCUGAAGAAAGGGCAGCCCAACUACUACCGCAUGUUUGAGAGCAUCAACGGUAAAGCGGAGUUCCUCGCCUCGGCCCGCACCACCCAGAAAUACCCUCUAGUGAUUGCCAGCAAGUACAACAUCCCUUUCCUCCUCAACAUCCCGGGCCAGGGUCACCGAGUCCGAGGAGAGAUCUACAAAGUGGACGACAAGAUGCUGAAAUUUCUGGAUGACUUUGAAACAGUUCCCACCAUGUACCAGCGGACUCUGGUCAAGCUGGAGGUGGAAGAGUGGGUGGGGGAGACAGAGGGAGAGGAGAGGCUGAAAGCAGGAAGCAUUACUGAGGCGUUUGUGUACAGCGCAACGACGUACAAGCCAGACUGGCCUUCACUGCCAUGCUAUGAGAGCUAUGAUUCUUUUGGAGAUCAUGGGCUUGAAUAUGUGUACAGAGAGGCACGGGACUGAUGUAGCUCGCUGGAAUAAGUAGUAAGUAGAGUAGAUCCAAGAAGAUAGCAAAUAUGAUCCAAGAAGUCUUCCUGUCUUCUACCUCUGUACCAAUCAGCCUCCAGAUAUUGUCAAGGAAGUAUGUGGAGGCCAUCUAUCAAUGACAUCUCAUAAAAUCAUACUUGAAAUCA